AUGGCCGACGUUCGCGCGCUCCUGCGGCAGCAGCGCGCCGCGCGCCGCAUAGAACAUCCCCACGCGGCCUACUCGGAUUCCGGCAAGCUGCUGUGCACCCUGUGCCACGAGCACGUCAAGGCCGAGUCGCUCUGGGACACCCACAUCCGCGGGGUCGGUCACCAACAACGGCUCCAGACCCUGGCGCACGCGGCAGCAGCCACACGCAACAGUAAGACAUCAUUAUUAGCAAAUGGACAUCAAAAGCAGCAGCAGAAGCAGCGGCAGCGGCAACACGAUGCUGACGAACCAUUAGCAGCAGCAGCAGACGCUCCAGCGGCGCCGUCCAACAAGCGGAAGCUCGACGACGACGACGACGACGACGAAGAAAUGGGCGACGACACAGCUGCAGCAGACGGGGCGGAGGCCGAAGACGGCGUGCGCAAGAAGCGCAGCAAGCCAGACAUGGUGCUGUCGCCGGAGGGGAUGCUGACGCGGCGAGACAGCAGCGGCAGCGGGAAGCCGGUGACACCGCCUCUCGGAGGGCGGCGGCAGUCGAUGACGCCGACGCUUGGAGUGGAAAUUCAGAUCCCGUCGCGGCCGGCGACGCCGGUGGCGCUGCGCGAGGGCGGCAUUAGCAACAAUCACAAUGGCAGCUUCGGCCAGCACAGCGCCAACAGCAGCAUCAGCAGUGCGUCGGCGGGGCAGACAACGCCCAAGGCCGUGGGCCGGUCGCCGCUGAUACCGCAGGACGAGACGGCCGGAACAGCAGCGACGCCUCAUCGCGUGCCGCACGCCAGGUUUAUCGCCGACACAGCACCAUCCUCAACUGCGCAACAUCUAGCAAUAGUAAGCACAGCAGCAGCAGCAACAACAACAAUGGUAGACGAGGACGAGUGGGCCGCGUUCGAGGCAGACCUAGUGCACGGGGCAGCAGUAGCAGUAGCAGCCGCCGAGAGCAAGGCAGCCGCGCUACGCGUGCUAACCGACAGCCACAGCGACGCGGUGAUCUCUGCGCCGGUGAUGACGGCGGCCGAGGUUGCGGCCAAGUCUGAAGAGGAAGAGCGGGCGCGGCGGCGGACGCAGGCCGAGGCGCAGGUCGAGGACGAGCGCGAGGAGGCGGCGCGGGCGAUGGAGAGCGAGUUCGAGGUCAUGGAGGAGCUCGAGGCGCGGGCGCGGAAGCUGCGCGAGCGCCGGGAAGCGCUCCGGCUGCGUCUGCAUCAGGGUGGUGGUGGCGAUGCAGCAGCUGCCGACGACGACGCCGCCACUGGCACCAAAGGCAGCUCCGCCGUCACGCUUGACAAGGAGAACCUCGCAGGGGGCGGCGCGGAGCAAGAAAACGGCGAGGACGACGAUGACGAUGACGAUGACGACGAGGAUGACUGGGUGGGCUUCCGCUUCCACGUCUAG